AUGUCGGAGCGGGCGGGUCACCUGCUGGACUGCAGUCCACUAAUCAAUGCCGCUGAGCAGGGGAAACUGCGUCUGGCACGGCUGCUGGUGGACGGAGGAGCGCAGGUCAACCAGAGGAACCACCGCGGAGAAACACCACUGCUGGCCGCAUGCAGAGCGCUACGGGCCGGCCAGACUGCGGGAUCCAUGCUUAAGAUCAUCCAGCUCCUGCUGAGCCGCCACGCAGACCCCAACAUCCAGGAUAAAUCAGGACGCACGGCUCUCAUGUACGCCUGCAUGGAGCGCGCCGGGCCGGAGGUGGCAGAGGCACUAAUCACAGCAGGUGCAGAUCCCAGUAUGGAGGAUUACUCUGGUGCAUCUGCGCUGGUUUACGCAAUAAACGCUCAUGAUCAGGACACUCUCACGGUGCUGGUCGAUGCGUGCAGAUCUCGAGGGCGCGAUAUUAUCAUCAUCGCUACAGAUUUGAGUUGCGACGGCAGUACCGUGACACGCCGCUACCUGAACGUUCCUCCAUCCCCGGACAGUUCUCCCGUCUCCUGCAUGUCGCCUUCAGAUAUUGAGCUGAAGACGAACUCUCCGAACUCUGACGGGGAAAACAUCUUUAACUUCCGCGGAGGGGGGCCGGCAUCUCCAGUGCUGCCCCCCAGGAGCAGAGGCCGACAGCGGCUGUGCUCGGAGCCGUGGCUCGCCAUCCAGAACCUGGAGCAGCUCAGCCAGACAUAUGAGAAGGGCCUGAAGGAAGAGGAGGAUCAGUACAAAGAUCAGGGGGAUCUCUUAUUUAGCCAGUGUCCACCAUUAGAUCCUGAAUCAGGAAAUGGCCAGAAUCUCGGAGCUCCAGUAAUGAAAUAUUCAAUGCCUUCAGAGCGUUUGCAGAGCAGGAGAAACACCCUGCCGGAUCUCCUCCAGGCACCCACCCUCAGGCUCACACUCUCAGGCUCCGACACACACCUGAACCAGCCCGGAGGCUCCAGAUUCCCCUCCAUAUACAGGACCAGCUCGCUGUUUCUGGCUCCUCCAGACGGGCUUCACGACUUCCACAUGGCUAACAAGAAGAAGUCACGAGAGCAGAAGAGGUGUCAGACUCACGCCGGGUUUUUGCCACCGAUUUCCGUGCGCUCGAGUGUACACACACCCUUACGGAGUGAACAGAACCAUUAAAAAGACACCUCUACAAUUUAAUAUUCUUUCCAUCACUUUUGCAAAUUUAAUUAGACAUAAACCGCAAAAUGGGACGUCUCAACUUUGACCCAUAAAUAAGACUAUGAUAUUCUCCCGCAUGAAAAAAGCAACA